AUGGACAACACACACUCACGCUGACUCACAAAGUCGAUUUAAUACCUGACAUUCCACACAAGGGCUUGACCUCUUCAAGUUUGCUUUAUGGUUUCUAACCAGCAGUCGGUCUUCAGCCUGAACUGUUUGGCUGAAAGUCUCGACAACAUGAGCGUGUCAAGCCUUCUCAACCUCAGCAACCUGGGCAAGAUCUGCGGCUCCAGCCACAGCAACGACAUGAUAGUUCUGGACCGGGUGAAGAGGAAGAACUCCGUCAGGCGCAUGUCAAUAAUUGAAGACGGUCAACUCGCAGAGGUUCUCUACUUGAUUCCAAAGCAGUCCUUAAUGGAGCAGCUACCGUUCCUCAACCCUAACGACUACAUUCUGUGUGAAAAGCUGGCAGGUAUACCUGCAGAGCUGUCAGUACUACACACCCAGGAUAGCUGCCACCCCUGCCCUCCAGCAGGGAAGAAGGUCAUCUGCUGCUUCAGGUGUGGGGAGUCAUGCAGAGGAGAGGUGCUGCGUGUUCAGAGCAGCUACUUCCACAUAAACUGCUUUACAUGCAAAGUGUGUGGCUGUGAUUUAGCUCAGAGUGGCUUCUUCAUGAGGAAUGGGGACUACCUCUGCCCGCUGGACUUCCAGCGACGUCAUGGCACAGCUUGCAACAGCUGUGGAGAAUUUGUGGAGGGAGAGGUGGUUACGGUGUUGGGGAAGACCUACCACCCAGCCUGCUUUGUUUGCGCCAUUUGCAAACAGCCUUUUCCUGCUGGGAAUUGUGUCACCUUCAUUGGAAGGGACUGCCUCUGCCAGCGCUGUAUGGAACCUGUGUCGCCGUCUCCAAACGCCACCAGCUAUUCCAGCAACUGCACUGGCUGUGGGAGAGACAUCAAGAAUGGACAGGCUCUAUUAGCCCUCGGAGGCCAGUGGCACCUAGGCUGCUUCAAGUGUAAAACCUGCAGGAAAGCGUUGAGCGGAGAAUAUAUCAGCAAGGAUGGAGUUCCCUACUGUGAGAGAGACUACCAGAUUCAGUUUGGGGUAAAAUGUGAAGCAUGUCAGAAGUUUAUAACUGGAAAACUCUUAGAGGCUGGGGACAGACAUUAUCACCCCAGCUGUGCAAGAUGCAGCCAAUGCGACAGGAUGUUCACAGAAGGAGAAGAAAUGUAUGUGCAAGGAUCAGUAAUUUGGCACCCAGAUUGCAGAGAAACCAGCAGAAUGGAGGACAGCUACAGGGUCGGGAGACCUAAAACGCCCUGUCUUGAUUUCUUUUUCCCUCAACAUGAACUGAAGCAAACUAGAUCAUCAUCUGAAAGCUCCUGUUCCAGGCCGGGCUCAUGCACUCCUGGCAGCCCAGGUCGAACCAUCUGUGCCAAAGUAGAUAAUGAGAUCAUUGAUUACAGAGACUUAGCAGCAAUUCCCAGAGUCAAGGCUAUAUAUGAUAUUGAGUAUCCUGAUAUGAUAUCUUAUAAGUCUGUGAAUGACCACCCCUCUACUUUGGAUGAGAAAGGAAACACACAACACAGCCAAAGAGUCCAAAAAAGUCCUGCAGAGUCACCAGAAAUCAAAACUGAACCCACAGAGGAGAGUUUUGAAAUAAGAACACGUGUACCCAAAUCUAAAAGCCAAGGGCCUUUCGGACUUCCUACAAUGUAUCAUCGCCAUAGCUACACUCCAACUUCGUCCAGAUCACCACAACACUUCCACCGACCAGGGUUCCCGCUUUCUUCCUCUUUAUUCUGUGGCAACACUGGCACUUCCCCUCCUUCUCUUUUAUAUCACACCUUUCCCUCUCAAAGCAAAGCAGACGAAAGCUUCAACGUGUACAGGAGGGCCCCGAUUUAUAAACAGCAAGAUCCAAAUUCCUCGACAUCCCCAGCAUCCUCUUUGCCCGGUCGGAACAGCCUCAGCCCGCCACGGCCAGCUGAUUUCUCCCACUACCAUGACGACAGAUGCAGAGACUUCAGGCUCAUCUAUGACCAUCAGUACCCAUUAACACAAAUGGAGAGAGGAGUGUCUAUGCCUAAUUUGUUGGAACCAAAUAUCUAUCCAUAUGAAAUGCUCACAGUUAGUAACAGAGGACGAGUGAAGCUUCCCAGGGAUGUUGACAGAACAAGACUUGAGCGUCACCUGUCCCCAGAAUCAUUCCUCCAGAUCUUUGGAAUGGAUAUUCAAGAAUUUGACAGACUUCCACUUUGGAAACGUAAUGACAUGAAGAAGAAAGCCGAUCUUUUCUAAUACAUGCUGUGAAUAUGCGAUGCACGAGUUCCUUUGAACCUGUAUGUUUAUUCCGAUGUAAAAAAUAGCACAAAAAGUAAGGACAUUUGUGGUUGGUUGAUUUUUCUUCUUUUGUCUUUUUAAUUUUUUUGUAACAAUUGCAUUUGUAGAUUCAAUAGCAAAAUAACUGGUAGAGAAGAUUUGGCAAUUUUUUUCAUGGACGCAACCCACAGACUGCUCAACCUACAAAUACAUUUUCUUACAAAUGUAGCACCAUUUAAGGGAGAAUAAACCGGCUUUUCAGCCACAUAAGAUUUGUUGCCAAGAAGCAUUGUUCAAAGCAUCAACCAAACAAAUGUCCUUACUUUCUGUACUAAAUUUAUUUGGCACAGAAAUAUGAAAUGUUUCCCUAAAAUCCGGACAGUUCACAAUUAUCCUGGGACACUGUACCUUUAUCACUUUUUUUUAGUUGUUCAUAGGUUAGAGUAAGGAAUAAUAGCAUAAUUAAUAUUAUAAUAUUCAAAACUUAACCUUAUUUAUUUGUGUUUCCACGGGCAGCCGUGUAUCCUCUAGAUUCCCUGCUUAUAUUAAACAACUCUAUAUUUUUAUUCUUGGAAUCUGCUAGAGCAGCUGUUCAUGAUUCACAGUUUUAAAUAAUUUUCCUUUCCCUCUCCUUUAUGACAACUUUCUUCUGGUUCGUAGAUGUCCUCACAACAGAUCUGUGCCUGAGAUGACAAUAUUAAUACAUCAUACAGAGCCAAGGGUAGAAAAAACUGUCAGUGUUUAGCGGUUUAAAGCCUGAACUUCAGACGCAUAGAUAUUAUCGCUUGGAUCAUUUGAAACCAUGGCCUUGUUUAACAUGAGCCUCCACCAUAGUAACUGUAUGCAACACUAUAUGGACAAUAGUAUUGGACCAUGCCUCUAGGAUCACUGAAUUUAAGUGUGGUACUGUAAUUGGAUGCCACUGUUGCAGAAAGUAAUUUUGUGAAAAGCCUUCCCUUCCAGAUACUGAGUGAUCAGCUCUGAGACAUUUUAUGCUACACUCAGCAGGCACUUUGUUAGUGUCGCUCAGUUUGAACUUCAGCAGGUCAUGUUCACCAGCGGUCCCCAACCAGACC